AUGCUUGGAUUUCCAGGGCCGGUGGGUGGGAUCGCUCUGGCCUUGCAACAGCCGGUGGCGAAUGCGGCGAAAUGGUUAGGCGAUGUGAAACCCCAACCGUGCACCCCCUUGAUCCAACCACACUCGCCGAACCUGAUCCGGCCUUCCGAGCCUGCUCGCCUGCUCUGGUCCUCCACCCGGCUGCCCGCAGCAGCAUCGGCUGGGUGCAGCAGUGCUGUUCCGGUCGUGCAGCGAGGAAGCCUAAGGCGCGUUGAAACAGCAGCGGGUGGGCAGUGGGCCAGCCUUCAUGGGAAAUGUGUUUCUCGUGGCGGACCCUUCCAAGCGGGGCAUGCUGGGCGUCAAGGUCGAGCCAUCGCCCUUCACAGGGAUGGGGGAGUGGGUGGGGCAGCAGCGUCAACAGCUGCAAGGGUGAGUGGUUGGGAUGGUUGCGGUGUGGUUCGCGUGUUUGGGCUGGUUGAGAAUGGCUGUCCCCUCCAAGCGGGGCAUGCUGGGCGUCAAGGUCGAACCCUCUCCCUUCACAGGGAUGGGGAGUGGCUGGGGCAGCAGCGCCGGCAGCUGACAGGGCUGCUGAAGCGCGCCCUUCCUGCCAUCGUGGACAAGAGGGGGGAGGAGAAGGGGGGAAGGGAGGUGGAGGGGAAGCGGGACGAAUUGGGGGAAAGACAGGGCGAAGUACCCCCACCGUUACUGAAGCGCGCCCUUCCAGGCAUUGUGGGCAAGGGGGAAGGAGAAGGGGGGGAGGCAAGUGGAGGGGAAGCAGGAAGGAGCGAUGUGGCAACAGAGAGAAGGGGGGAAGAGAAGGAAGCGGGAGUGGGAGGGAAGGAGAGGAGGGGGGAGGAGAAGGAGAGGGGAGGGAGGGAGUGA